CAGCUGCGGGAUGCGCUUGGACCAGAGCGCGAGUCAUAGCUAUGAAGCAUGACCAGCUUCCGGCGCAGUGCGUUUGUAGAUUUCCUAUUGCUGGAGCCUGAUCCAGGGCCAGAUGUAUGGGACGGGCUUCAACCCUCGAGCUCCAAAUCUCAGUUCUGGAAGGCCAACACUUCCUUCACGCAGAAUGCCCAAAGUGGCUUUGACAGUUUCCUAGACACUAAAGGAUAUGUUGGUCAUGAGAUCCAGGCGCCAAGUAUGGUCAGUGCCCUUUUGUUUGGCACAGGCUUAGCUGCUGUGGGUGCAGGUGCAUAUUUCUUCACCAGGCCGCCGCCGGCCGAAGCAACGGGUGCAACGGGUGCAACGGGUGCAACGGGUGCAACGGGCGCCCAAGCUGAAGCAGCAGCUGCAGCUGCAGCUGAUCCACCAGCCGCCAUCUCUGCAGAGACCUCCGAACGAUUGGAGCGACGGGCGCAGCUGUUGAGUGAGCUGGAAAGUUUGGAGCCAGGCGACAGACGCGAGGAAUUACUGCAACAGAUCCAACAGCUGGACCAAGAACUUGAGGCAUCAAAUCCUGACAUCUUGGCUGGCAGGACCUUGCGACAGUUUCUGGCGGCAGAUGCCGCGCAAAGAGCGAAUGCUGGCACGGAGUCAUUCCUGCAACUGCUUUACAAUCGAAUUGCACCUGCCUUUACCCGGAUGGAGCAGAUGAAGCGUGUGUUGGAAGUCCGUGUGCAGAAUGUAAGCACCCGCGUUCCACAGAUUAUCAGUGAAGAGGUAGAAGCUGCAACAGAGGAAACCAGGAAUCUUCUGCAGAUACCCUUGCCAGAUGCACGGUUGAACAUCUCAGAGCACUUGCCAUCCCUUACUAUGCUUCUAGCAGGGUUGAUGGCACCUUUACAACUGAAGGUGAUGUAUGCCGACAAUCUCGCCCGCUUGGGAAUCAGCGGCGCGAUCCUCUCCAUGGAUGUCAUUGCACUUCUCACUGCCCACGGGACCAGGUGCAUCAGCCAGCAGCUCCCUUUGCUUGGCACCUUGGAUGCCUUGCACGUGUGGAUUGGGGUGGAUGCCAUCAGUUUGGGCUUCGCCUGCGCCGUGAGUGCCAUGGUCUUGCAGAAAUGUGGCCAAACUAUUGCGGAGGUCGAUGCUUCUAGGGAAUUGCCCGAAGCCAAUCCAUCAUCGGAUCCAGAGGAAGCCUUUCGUGCAGCGCUAGAGAAGCAGCUGCUAGCAGGAUCGAAAGCUAUCAUUAUGUAUGACUCAUUGUCUGGAAGCACUGUCUUGAGGCUCUUGCCAGUGCUGUCCCUCUUUGACUUUGUGUGGCAGGCCAAUGGCUUGAUGCUGCUGUUUGACACACCGGGAUCCAGUUGUGGAGCGCAUUUCCUUCUCGAUUGGUCUCGAGGUCGUGGCGUGAUCUUCCUGAUUGGUUUGGUCCCAAUGCUCGCCACCGUGGGCCUGGCUGCUGUACGUGUGGCUGUGUCGAGCUCAAGCUUUGGACAAUCGCUCUUGGAAGCUGCCGCCAAUCUUGACGAGGCUUCUUUUCCUCAUGGCCCACCAGUCUUUACCAUUCUGGUGCGCUCCUUCGUCGUCCGGGACGUGACUGACAUGGCAAAGAUCCGAUUGCAAGUGGCGAAAGCUGAGGAGACAAAGCUGACCUCAGCACGAGACAAUAUCCAAGCAGAGAAGGACGCUGUGGAAGCCAAACUCGCUGCGAAGGAGGCAGAGCUGCAAACCACCAGCGAACAAAUUCGUGUCCAACAGGAGGCCCUUGCGCAAGACCCAAGGGAGGCAGAAUUCGUCCGACAGUACCGAGAGGCAGUGGCUCAGGCGAUGGCCUUACAGUCUGGGAGUUUGGAUGCGGUGGUCUCCAGUGCGCUCGCGGCAGUGGAGCUGCCAGAAACCUCGGUGCCUCCAGAAAUGGCCGGAUUGGGCUUCGCAUCUUCAGAAGCUGCAGCCUCUGAUGGCGAUCAGGGCGGUACUGGUGGAGCAGCUUCUUGA